GUUGCCCUUUUUUCAUGCCCUCACACUGAGUCUCAUAAAGACAUCCUGUCUAUUUUUGUCAUGACACAAUGCUAUAGACCCUUUCCUCUUAUCAGGGGGUCUUCCAAAGCCCCAAACACAAAGUGGAAAAUCAUACCACUCUUUUAUAUUGUGAUGAGGAGGAGGACGGGCCGUGCCGUGACUAUGCAUGGCUGGUCCCCAAUCGGGCUAAUCAGCCGAGGAGAGGGAUAAGUGCAGCGGAAUGCGGCAGUUCGAGAGAGAGAGUGAGAGCCACAUGCAGCUGCCAUGUGAGCGUUUAUGAUUUUGGUCCUUUUAAGUUCCUAUUAAAAUAUUAUUUUGAUUGUUCAGCCAAUUCCCGCCUCCUCUUUUUCCAUUUCAACCUUGUUACAUAUGUUUUUCCCUAAUAGCUCUUCCUUCCUGUCUUCAUACUGAUGACUCUUCCACUGUUCUCUCAAGCCGAGAGCUCCAUAGAUAUUUAGCAGUCUAUAUUUCAGUCUUGCCUCACAAUCUAGAAGGCAGUCAAAUAUGCUUUUAACUUAUGUGUGUGUUGGAGUGUGCAUUGAUUAAAAAGGAAUAUUUUGAAUUGUUGCCAUUGUGUGUUCGCACUAUUUGACUUUUUCUUGACCUGCUUUCAGUGUCAUAGUUUAUUCAGAAAGUAAACAGUGACAAAGGGGUCACACAUGCAUUCAUGGAGAUCACACAUGUAGACGGAUGUUUAAUGCUCCCACUGAAGGGAAGAGAGAGAGAGAGAGAGAGAGAGCAAGAGAGAGAGAGAGAGAGAGAGAGAGAGAGAGAGAAAUCAAAACAACUCCCAGGCUCUCUGGAAGUAAUAUGUAACGGAGGACAAACAUGACCAUGGCUGAAUGGAUGAAUAUGUAAAAUAUUCUCAGUUCCUUUUCCAUUCUAGAUGUACAAUAUUUAUGUAACUGAUCAUUUUAUGUUUAAGCCUAAUGUGGGUGUUUUAAGAGUAAGGAGAAGCCGUGGAUGUCAUAUUGAAUGACCAUGACUGCAGUUUUGACCAGCUGGACAGUUCUUACAAUAUUUGGCUUUGUGAGCGCACAACCUGUGCAGAUGCCAGACCAAUAUGCACAAGGAGUGGUAAGAAUAGUUCAAAUCUCGAUAGAAAUGAAACUCCAGUAAUUUAAUGUGCAAUGUUCAUAUUUAACUAAAAAAAGUAAAGUAUUUAUAUGUGUCUUAAAAACAGAUUAGCAUUCAAUGUUGACGAGAUGCAACAAACUACACUUAGGUGUAGAGUUUCAGCCUUCAAAUUCUCAUGCAGUAUUGCUUUGAUUGAACCAAUGGUCACUAUUUGUAACAAAAUAUGUGUGUGUGUGUGUGUGUGUGUGUGUGUGCGUGUGUGCGUGUGUGCGUGUUCAUGUGUGCAUGUGCGUGUGUGUGUGUGUGUGUAGGACUGGUUGAUUCGGCAGCCUGAUCUCACAUAAAAUUCGGCAGGGGUGUGCCGAUUUUUCUUUAGCUGAAAUCAGUAUACGUUGAACAAAUUUGAAAACACUGCCUCCAGAAGCUAAAGCGGUAAGUGUUUCAGAGCAUAUAAACAAGAGCGACAUCCAUUUAUAUCCAGGAGAGGUCGCCAGAAGCCAGUUGUAAAAAUAAUUGUUUUCAGCUGAACAGGGUGUAAAACAGUGAAGAGAAAUACUUAUUUUAUUUAAUCUACCCCCCAACCAAAACCCAAAUCUAACCCUAACCAUUAGUAGAGACAAAAUGCAAUGUUAGCGAUAAAAAUGCAACCUCCUUAUCACACUCAUGAUUGUUUAUACAAAUGUGAUUACUUCCUCGUUUGAAUGGGGAUUGAACUGUUGUCUCCCAUGCAACUGACACAACACGCUAAAAGUCGUGCCACGAGGGAAAAUAAUUGUUGUUGAGCUGUUCCAAAUAUGUCUGAUGGCAGAUAGGGCAUGUCAGUGAAUCGGCAUACUGUUGCCGAUCCUAGGCUACCGGACCUUUCGGAAAGAGCAUGCCGACAUCACGUGUGAUCAUGUUGGAUUCGGUAUGGGUAUUUGCCAUCUGCAGACUCUCUAAUUGGUCAACUUCAGACCAGAGAGUGCACUGAAGAAGCUGAGCAUAAAAUGCAGCGCUUUGCUGGGAUUGAAGAGACUGGGCAACUAGGUGAUUGAUUGACACUGAUUACAAACUCACCAAUUUAACGUGUUUCUCUGGUUUACCCAAAAUGGAAGCAUAUGUCCACGCCUCUGAGUUUCUGUUUCUGGGAGUUUCUGAGAGUCUAUUCCACAUGGUCUUUGUGCAUGUCCAGUCUUCGUUUUCGAUAUUCCACUAUUUUUUAACUUUAGACCACACCAUUCUAGAACUGACGGCCAGACCUCGCUGUUCUCUCCCAGACAUUGUCAGUUCUGAGAAUCUGUUGAAAGCAAAGAGAAGAGUUGGAGGGAAGCUGAAGAGAUGAUACACUCUGUCAGGGUUGAGCUGGGAUAAGACUGACAUCACGUGGAGCGUGCAAGAUUUUCCCUCUUCCUCCAUGUCUCCCACUCUUCAGCCAGGACUGGUGAAGCUCAUUUUGAACUAUGCCCUCCGAGUAUGGAGUGAUGUCACGCUUAUGUGUUUCCACACCUCUUCAUAUGACCCAUCACCACAGGUAGACACCAAAGUUACCUUUGCCAGUGGCUACCAUGAUGAUGGUUAUCCUUUUUAUGGCAAGCGUGGCGCUCUGGUUCAUGCAUUUUUCCCAGGAUAGGGAGACCUUGCUGGUGACACCCACUUUGAUGAUGGAGAGAGCAAGAGCCAUGGAGAUUGAAGCAGCGAGACAGAUUUAUUUACAGUUGCAGUGCAUGAGUUUGGUCAUGUCUUGGGCCUCUUUCACUCCUCUUUAAAUGACUCCAUCAUGAAGCCUUACUACUAUGGUCCUGUGGGGGACAUGAACAGCUAUACCUUAUCCGCUAAUGAAGUGGGCGUACAGGCACUCCAUGUAUUGCGUGCACCUUCAAAGUACGAGAGGGAGUUCACUUUAGGAUGCCGCCACAUAAUACCUAAAAUAAUGUUUUGUUUCUUUUCCAUGCUCUCCUUCACCUGCUCAGGUCCACACUUUUGGAAGGUUCCUCAAGGCUCAUUAAUGUCUUUAACUCCAGCUCUGAUCCACAACUUCUGGAUCGGGUUGCCCCCAGAAACAGCCAGAGUUGAUGCAAUAUAUGAGAGAAGAGAUGGAUAUAUUGUAUUCUUUAUUGGUAAUCAGUACUGGUUAUUUAAAAACACAAUGUCCCUUCCUCGGUACCCUCGACCACUUGCAGAAUGGGGUUUACACAGUUCUACUGGAGAGGUCCCAGAGAGAGUCGAUGCAAUAUUUGUGUGGCCACACAAUGGGAGGACCUACCUGUUCAGUGGUGGGGAAUACUGGAGGUUUGAUAAGGCAGGAACAGAGAGGAAGUUGGAGGAAGGGCACCCUAAACUAGCAUCCGUGUGGGGUAUGCCCUCUCAUCCUGAUGACAUCAUUGGAUUUCAAGAUGGAGAUACUUACUACUUCAAAGACACAAACUACUGGAUAUUAAAAAGAGGAGGACUGGACCAGGAAUCUGCUUCUCCAAAGUCCAUUGCUGUUGACUGGAUGAAAUGUGACGUUCACAUUUCAACUCACUCACCUGAGAUGCCUAGAAGAGACAAAUAUUGUAGCUGUUCCCACAAUACAGCGGCUAUGAUUUGUCCUUUGUCAACUAUUAUAUAUUCAGUUGUCAUAGUUUAUAUUGUGGUUCUUUCAUUGCACUGAUUAGGGUUCAAUGGUUCUAAAGUAUCACAAUGUUUUUGUUCAUGUUUUUAGGUUUUGAUUUCAUGUCUUUUAUUUUUGUAGUUUAGAUUCUCUUCCUUGUUCCUUGUUUAUUUACUAAAUGAAUAACCAACAUAAACUAGAACGAAGAGACUUGACUAGAUUAGACUUGACUAAAACGGAUUACCACAAACAAAAACAAUGUUACACAAUCGCUGGCUCGUGGACCGUGGACGCUGGCUCGUGUAUUGUUUGUGUAACAUUGUUCUUUGUGGUAAUCUGUUUUAGUCAAGUUAAGUAUCUCUUGUAAUAAAUACUGCACUUGGGUUCUCAUAUCAUCUUCAUUCGUUAUCAUCAUGUUCAUUAGUUUUACCCUGUCAUUGGUUCAUGAUUUAUAGUCUUGUUAUCUUGUUUAUUAGUAUUGUAAAUAAACACUGCACUUGGUUUCUCACAUCAUCAUUGUCUUCGUUUGUUCCUGUCUUCAGCCUGUCUCUGCGUUACAGAAAGCCACACCUUACUUUUGUUUAUUUUUUACAUUUAUUUUUAUUGAAUAUUGAUGGAGCAACAUAAUUUGUGCGAAAAAGAAUAAUAACAGAAGGCUCAUUAAA